GGGGCUCGAAGACCGGACCGGCGUGUUGUGUUUGAAAUGAAAAUAAAAUGCUACUCUUUUUUUGCUAUUUUUAAAUUUUUUAUCGAUGGUUCAACGUUACUGCCAGUCAAUUUAUUCGUCCUCUGCGUUUAAUUAUUCGAUUGUUCGACAUGACUGCUAGCGAAAUCGCCUUAUCGUUAUGUUCGUCCAGAGAAUGAUUACCAGUUCCAGUGAAUAGAAGAAGCUAUUCCAGUGUUUCAUUUCGUGAUACAUUUUGCUGAUAUUUGGUGAAAUUAUGAGCAUGUUUACGCCGCUCGUUGUGAUUGUCGACAGUUAUGCGCAUCAGAAAAAUCCGUUCUAGAUGAUGGAAUGUUCAAAACUAAUUCCGAAGUAUUCGGAUAAUGACUUGAGUGGAAUCGAAAAUCGCUCAUUCCGAUUAAAUUAUGACUACAGGCGAAGCACAACGUCCCGUCGAGGAGAUAAAUCUUGAGGAUUUUUCCGAAUCGAAAUGCCAUAGUCCUUCGACAGAAACAACUCCUAAAUCCGAAUCAAAUCGCGAAGAGUCUUCCGAGUUGAAAUCGAACAAACCUUUGAUAGAAGCAGAAGUGAAACGUAAACCCGAAUCAAUUUCAACUACAAUCACGUAUAGAUACUUGGGUGGAUUAUGUUUUUCAAUUUUAUUUCACUUAUUGGACGUCGGUACAGACGUUUAUCUUGCCUACCAAUAUUAUACCUUGCAGCAAACUACUUACUUCGUUUUAACAAUUAGUUUUGUUGCAAUUCCAUCUCUGAUCAUUACUUUGAUAAGUAUUCGAAUGUACGUUGAUGAUGAAGAAAAUGUCUCAUACAAAGCGUGGAUACUACGGUGCUUCUUGUUGAUCUUCCAGUUCGCUCCCAUAAUGAGAUAUAUCGAACUCCUUAUCCAAGCCGUUAAAUUGAAGAGAAACAAGAGCGAUUACAACGAUGAAAGUUACGAAAAGUAUUACAAACCGUUACUAAUUAAGGAUUCAAAUUUGAAUCUUCUACGUUUGAUAGAAUGCUUUCUAGAAGCUGCUCCCCAGCAAGUUCUUCAGUGGACAAUAUUACUUCGAAUGGAACUGAGUAAUUUAAAUUCCUAUCAAUUCAUGACAAUUUUCACUUCGUUUCUCAGCACUGCGUGGUGUUUUGCCAUUUACAAUAGAUCUGUCCGGUUCGCCAGGAAUGAGAAAAAAAAUUUAAAAUGGAUCAGUAGCUACUUUCAAAUAAUAUGGUUAUUUUCCAUCAUAACUGCUAGAAUUUUAGCAAUUAGCGAAGUAGCCUCGAUUUUUCCUAUUUCCACGUCCGUCGCUUGUUCUAUUCAUUGGUUCAUCAUGACGGUUUGGUUAUCGAUAUUUCAACGAACUUGGUUUUGUUACCAAUCAACUCAAGAUGCUAAUAGUAAAAUUAGACGAGUUCUAGAAAUGUGUUUUUGUGCCGUUUUAGGUUUAGUUUUUAUAUUCGCAUUUUUGACAUUCAAAGAUGGUAGUACCAAGUACAAGUAUAUUUUUUAUUAUACGUUAUGUUUCGUCGAAAAUUCCGUUGCGGUGUAUUUAUGGGUUCAUUACGGAUACGGUACUUUGAAAGGUGUCAGCUGGUUUAUACCUUUAUUAGUUGCCACUUGCGCUUUGUUUUUUAUAGGCAUUUUUUCUAUGAUAAUUUAUUACAGGUAUUACCAUCCUAAAAUAGGAAAAAUGAGUAAUAAUCUUAGUCUUACUCUUGAUGCGGUUAUGUCUUCUUAUGAAAUGAGUCAAUUGAGUCCCAUUUCUUUCGGUCGAAUUGAUAGACGUAAUGUUGCUGUGCAAGUUGACGUGUGAGAAUUCCGUUUCACUGGAAACGUGGUUGACGAGUUUAUUUUUUUUUUGCUGGUAUUUAAAUUGAUUUUUACCACUCGAAAGUACUUUUUUAAUCUAAUAUUUUACCAAUUUGCUUGAAACUGGCUUCCGACGCUGUUUUGAUUUGAUCAUGACAGCGGUCUUUACGUUUUACUCCAAUUUUUAGAAUUAUUUAUUUAUUCACGAUUUGGUAAAUUUUUUUUUGUAUUUUGUAAUAUCGUGUGCUGUGAAUGUAAUAAAUUGUAAGUCGCA